AUGGCACCACACGGGCCGCCUUUCGACUUCGACCUCAACGAGCCGCCGCCGCCGAAGAACGAUGGCGUGAACGGCAUGUCCGUAGAGACGGUGCCGGAACCCUCGGUGCAGCAAGAUCCGGUGCCGCCUGCGCUAGUGCCGGAACCCUCAGCGCAGCAAGAUCCGCUGCCACCGCCUCCGCCGGUGCCGGAGCCGACGACGGCGCAUGUUCUGCUGCCUGCGCGAUCGCUAGUGCCGGCGCCGGAGGAGGCCUCGCCGGUCGACCCGCUCCCUGCGCCACUGCGGGCACCGGUGCCCCUGCCCUCGCCGCAUCAUCAUCUGCCGUCUCCGGUGUUAGACCUGGAGGCCCCGCUGUCUUCUCUCGACGAUGAGGACGAAGACGUGGCGGAUCUGCCCCUGCCCCCGCCACCGCCGCCGUCAUGGUACCGCGUGGACACAUCCGACGCGCCCACGGUUUCCUCUGGCCGUCAGGGCGAUGCGGCGCGGCAGUACUCGUCGCCUGAGACUUGGGCACCGCGCGGUUCUAGGGCGGCGACGGCGAGCGACACGACGUCUUCCCACAGGUCGCGGCGUAGGCCCUACUCCUGCGAUGACGCGAUCUCCAAGCAACGUAGCGUCGACUACGACGAGGACGGCGGGUCGUCCCGAUCCCAAAGCGGGAGCUGUCGUCGCUCGGAAUUCGGAUCCCCGCGUCGCUACGAGCGCUCGGGACCGGUCCGCCGCAUCACUACUACGAACAACAAGAUGGUGGACGGCAUGUGGCGGCGGUGGAUGGGCAGCCGGCGCGCCGCCAGAACCGCCCGCCGGCGGGGGGGGGGGGCAGAGGCCACAGCAUGGGUUCUAGUACGAGGGCCCAGACGCCCAGUGCAGAAGCAGCAGGGCUUCCGGGGCCAAGAAAGGCCGCAGGUCCAUCAUGGGCCUCAUCAUGGUCCGGAAGUGCCAAAGGUGGGCUUUGCUUCCUUACAACCCGCCCUCUGGAAUCGUCAGGCGUGA